AUGAAAUUCUAUUUCGGUCUCCUCUUUCUGCAAAUCCUCAUCUCUUCAGGUGGUACGGAGAAUGUUGAAGGUGUGAGAUGUGAGGUGUCGCCGGCUGCAGGAAACAGUUCCAAAUUAACAGCGGAAUGUUGGAUUCAGCCAGAGGCUAAGGUCAUCCCUUGCAUUACCACUUGGGACACUUUGCACUUGGAAAUUAUGGGCGACCGAGACGCAAAAGAGGUAGUACUAAAUCCUUCUCUCUUCUCCCAUUGUGGCCAUAUAAGUGUCCUCGCGAUCUGGGAUGGUGGUCCAUUAGCACGACUUCAGCGUGACAUCUUUCAACCCCUCUAUAACCUGGAACGUCUUGUAAUCCGCUCCGAGAAAUUGCAAUUCAUUGAUCGAAACUUCCUGAUUUUCUUGCCACACCUUCAACUACUCUCAAUCACGGAUAGUAAGAUGUUGAAGCGUCUGGGGCAGAACAUUUUGGAGCCCCUUCCAAGUGCGUUAACUACACUUGAUCUCAGCAAUAACCAGCUUGUAGAUAUACGUCAACUAGGCACCUUUGGAAGUUAUGUCUUGCGUAAUCUCUACCUCCAAAAUAACAAAAUUUCCAGACUCUACAGAGACAGUCUAUUCGGGCUGUCAGAACUGAGACUUCUUCGACUCUCCGGCAAUCAGUUGUCAGGAGCCCUGGAAACUGCACUUGGAAUAAAGUCGCUGGAUGCCGAAUCGCCACUAGUUUCGGUACCAAAGCUUGAGAUUCUUGAUUUGGCAAACAAUUAUCUUACAGAAAUAACUGGUUGUAAAUGGACCGGUGGGUGUGGAGAGAACACGGUCUUGACUAAACUUCGUGUCCUUAAUCUCGCAAAAAAUCGUCUAACUUGGAUUGAUCCCACAGCUUUCCAGGGUCUUUGCUCCCUCACAGAACUUCGAUUAGAAGGAAACAACAAUCUUUUCCAAGCUGGAAGCCUUCCUUUAGUCCUCUUUUCUUUGACUAAGUCGACUCAUCCUAACUUAAAACAUCUCGCGAUUCCACAAGAGGUAUCCAGCAACGAAGUCAUCGAAAUGUGUUCAAAUGAUCCUUUGCUAGGAAGCCGAAUUAUACUUCGCGUAAUGGAACAUUUAAGAAAGAACUUUUGUGAGGAGACAUCACCAUUACCGCUUUCGUUGGAGACGACAGCAGCCCCAGUCAUGAAUACCACGCUCCAGAUUCCAGAUAUUCCAGCCAAUGAAGGUCCCAUUUUCACUUUCAUCCGACGAACACAUCGAUGGGUGCUAACCAGCAUCGCUAUAGGCCUCUUAUUAACCGGUGUUCUCAUCUCUGCCCUAAUAUUUGUCUGCCUUCACUUCGGUCUUCACUUGAACUCCCCAAAGGAGCAAGAGACCCCCAAGGCGCCAGAUAAACCUGCUAUUGUCUACGCACCUUCGAGAAUGUCACUGCAGCACGUGUACACCCAAGACGGAUGUUAUCCUACCUACUUGCCUCUGAUCCAACCCCAGAUGGGGGGGAAGAGGCUGAGCCGACUUGACAUGACUGGAACGCCCCUAAGGCGAAAUAUGGACUUGGCUAGGCGGAGGAAUGCCUCAAACUCAGUUUAUAGCCUCCUCUCUGCUCCGCCAAAUGUGACUGCGGCUUUGGCGGCCUCUUCCAUUAACUUGGUUAAUGCACAGCCUGGAACAAAACAUGCAGUUGUGUGA